AUGGAAAAGAGAUUCGACGGCCAAGUUGCUGUCAUUACAGGCGCUGGCGGCGGGCUCGGCCGCGCCUACGCGCUGGCGUUUGCAAAGAGAGGCGCGAAAGUUGUGGUGAAUGACUUGGGGGUGUCGCUGGGCAGCAGCAGCCCCGCGGACUGCGUGGUGGCGGAGAUCGUGGGGGCUGGCGGGGAGGCGGUGGCGAACUACGCAGACGCAGCAGCAGAAGGCAGCAAAGUCGUUGCUGCAGCAAUUCGGACUUUCGGCCGAAUUGACAUUUUAGUCAACAACGCCGGAGUCCUCAGAGACGCCGCCUUCGCCAACAUGACCGAACGCGACUGGGACAGAGUCAUCCACGUGCACUUGAAAGGGGCCUUUGCAUGCACUAAGGCCGCGUGGCCGCACAUGGUGCGGCAGAAGUACGGGCGCAUAAUAAACACAGCCAGCGCCUCGGGACUUUACGGCAACUUCGGACAACCAACUACAGCGCUGCAAAGAUGGCGCUGGUGGGCAUGUGCAAGACUCUGGCGGCGGAGGGCCAAAAGUAUAACAUUAAAGUCAACUGUGUGGCUCCUUUGGCGGGUUCGAACGCGCAUGACUGCGGGGGUGCUGCCCCCCGAAAUUCGAGAAGCGCUCAAGCCCGAGUGCGUGGCUCCCGUGGUGCUGUACUUGAGUUCCAAGGAGUGCAACGAAACUGGACAAGUGUUCGAGGUGGGGGCGGGCUGGGUUGCUGCAGUGCGGUGGCAGCGAAGUCAAGGAAAGACAUUUCCUCCUUCUUUCACUUUGGAGGACUUGAGCAAAGAAUGGAAAACUGUUUUGGAUUUCAAAGACAAAGUUUCUUACCCAAACUCCCUCCAGGACUCCCUCAUUAUGGCGUCGCAGCAAAUAGUCUCGGAAGGAAAGGCUGCUGCUGCCGGCGAAGAAGGCGCAGCAGCGCCUGCUGCUGCUGCUGCUGCUGCUGCUCCUGCUGCUGCUGCUGCUGCAGGCAGCUGCUCGAAACCCGAAAAGAUCUUCAAAAUGCUUGCUGCUUACUUGGAACUUGACAAAGAAAAGACGCAGCAGCUAAAGACAAAAGUCAACAGCUGCUUCCUCUUCGAAGUUGCUGCUAAGCAGCAGCAGCAGCCCGUGCUGCAGUGGACCAUUGACCUGCGCAAAGACGGAGUUGAAUGCACAAACACACUGCUGUGCUCUCGCCCCUGCUGCUGCUGCUGCUGCUGCACCUGCUGCUGCCGCUGCUGCUGCUGCUGCUGCUGCUGCUGCUGCAGAGGGCUGCGCGAAGGCGGGCGUGUGGGGCGCUGCGGACGCGACGUUUGCGCUGGAAGAAGAAGUUUUUUGCAAGAUUUGUUUGGGAGAAUUAAAUCCCCAAGUUGCUUUUUUGCAAGGAAAAAUGAAAAUAAAAGGCAACAUGGCAGCAGCAGCAAAGUUCACUCCGCAGCUUUUUCCCCCCAUUGCCCCCGCGCUGCUUGCCCUCGACGCAGCAGAGGCCGUCCGCCAGUUCCUCAGCAGCAGCAGCAGCAGCAGCAGCAGCAGCAGCAGCAGCAAGCCCGCUGCUGCUGCUGCACCUGCUGCUGCUGCUGCAGCUGCUGCUGCUGCUGCACCUGCUGCUGCUGCUGCUGCUGCGGGCCACACCCUCAGCCAAAAAGCUGCGAAGCUGCAAAGCGCAAAACUCUUUCCUUUUCUUAUGGACCAUCUGAAGUCCCCCGCAGGCGCCAAUCUCCGGGCGUGUGGGGCUUGCAGGUGGGGUGCAUCUACCGCGUGGACCUGCUGCCAAGCUCUGGGGAAGGGCCCACUUGCACUUUUUAUAUAAAUCUGAAGCAGCAGCCGCCGCGGGUUUGGGAGAGCAGCAGCAGCAGCAGCGAGCCCUACGACUGCUGCUUCACGCUCAAAGACGAAGUUUUUUUCAAACUCGCCACUGGACAACUCAACCCCCAAAUGGCUUUUCUCCAGGGCAAAAUGAAGAUCAAAGGCAGCACCAAAGCCGCCAUGAAGUUCACCAGAGACAUGUUCCCCAAAAUCUCCAAACUCUAG